GCGCAAUCAAAUCAGGAUGUGUAUCCGCAGCGGAAUUUUGUUUGAGUUGGGUCUAAAUAUGAAACGAAGACAGAUUUCAAAUGGACAUGAAGACGCCCGAUAUUUCCCGGUGUUUGGAUUUUAUUUUGUACUUUGUUUCUACCAGAAAGUCAAAUUAAUCUGUGAUGCCUUUAUUUUGAAGGAACAGCUAAACAACCGGAAAGCGUAAUUUUUUGGUGCCUACGACUCAUAUACCGCACGCUAACAGACUGUUUUCCCUCAUAAGUAAUUCCUCUCCCUCAAAAGAAAAUGCAGUUAUGCAGUGUGUGCAGCGAACGGACUCCAAAAUACCGAUGUCCAGCCUGCAAAAUAAGAUAUUGUUCACUUGGCUGUUACAAAAAGCAUAAAGAUACCUGCCUUCCUGUUGACAAGCCUGCCCCUUCAAAUCCUGAAACAAAGACUGCUGUGAGCACAGAGUCUUGGAGUGUUGAUGAUCUUCUGCAUGAAGAUGACAUCACUGACAAAGUUCCUCUGCAGAGGCUCCAGAUGUUAGGCCAGUCAAAAGAGCUAAAGGACCUGCUCUGUAAUCCUCAUCUGAGGCAGUUAUUGUGCUCUAUAGAUGGUGCAGAGCGUAAAGAGGAUGCAAUGAAAUCCGCCAUGCAGGAGCCGCUGUUUAUGGAAUUUUCUGAUCAGUGCUUGAAAAUUGUAGAAAAUGAUGCAAAAUCAAGUGAGGAUGCCAACUUGUAAAAUCCAGCUUUCAUUUUUUAAAAUAUAUUUUUGUAGUGUUGUUGCUGCAGUUUGUGUUGUGACUUCAAACUACAGUAUGUAUAUAAUGUUCAAAUAAAAGCCCCAACUUUUUCAAACUGUAAAAAUUC